CCGACAUGGAGCAGGGAGCACUAUUGGGAUUCUUUCGCGGAAUUCAGUCUUUGAGCGCUUGCCUUUUGAGCGUCCACUUCCUGUAGGAAGUGUCGCCAGAGCUGAGUCGUGAAGGAUUUGGGAACUCUACUGGGGCGGGGAGCUGGGGCGCAGGUACGCUCCGGAGCUGCUGACAGCCCAGCAAGGCCAAGGAGAGAGGAUACACCUAGUGUUGGUGCAGCAUUGAAUCUACUAUCUUUAACUCCUGAGAGGCCUUCCAUACUCAAGGCAACACCACUUCCGUACUUCUCUUGUGCCCUGUUCCAAGAUGGCGGAUGAGGCUACGCGCCGAGUGGUGUCUGAGAUCCCAGUACUGAAGACAAACGCCGGACCCCGAGAUCGGGAAUUGUGGGUGCAGCGACUGAAGGAGGAAUAUCAGUCUCUUAUCCGGUAUGUGGAGAAUAACAAGAAUGCAGAUAAUGAUUGGUUCCGUCUGGAGUCCAACAAGGAAGGGACCCGGUGGUUUGGGAAAUGCUGGUACAUCCAUGACCUCCUCAAAUAUGAGUUCGACAUCGAAUUUGACAUUCCUAUCACAUAUCCUACUACUGCUCCAGAAAUUGCAGUCCCCGAGCUGGAUGGAAAGACAGCAAAGAUGUACAGGGGUGGCAAAAUAUGCCUGACAGAUCACUUCAAACCUCUGUGGGCCAGGAAUGUGCCCAAGUUUGGACUAGCUCAUCUCAUGGCCCUGGGGCUGGGUCCAUGGCUGGCAGUGGAAAUUCCUGAUCUGAUUCAGAAGGGUGUGAUCCAGCACAAAGAGAAAUGCAAACAAUGAAGGCUCAAACCACUGAGAAAGCUUCCAGGGACCUUUGAUAGACCAUGUUCUCAUUUUCUUGUGGAUGCUCUUGUUACUUACUGACAGCUUCCUCUUAUACCUCCACUUCUGGUUGUUACUAAGUAGCUGCUGUGGGCAUCCCUGGGGGGGAAAAGCAGCAACAUGCUAAUAUCAGAGUUUCUAAAUUAGGCUGUACAGACAGAGACUUGGGCUUUGGGAAACCAAGAGGCAAUUUAUAUCCUUUCCCCAGAUAGACCAAUGGAGGCCUUGAUUCUGGAGAGAUAGGGGGAAACUGAAAAUGAGUUCAUUGCCCUUUUGAUUUGUGGAGAUAAUCCAUCAAUAAAAGCUGCUUCCUGUGGUA